GAGGAGGAGAAAGAGGAGGUGAACUUACCCUGCUGAGCUUUCUUUGGGGAAUACGUGCAUCAAGAUUCAGCUCUGCAUGUAAAAUCCACAGAAUGUCUGCCACUACAGGAGUUUUCAUUCAGACUUUCCGAAGAGAGGUGGAGAAACGUGAAGACUCGGGAGAAGAGAUCCUUUGAGCCAGAUCGAGCGUUAGUUCUUCUGCUUUUCUCGGCAUGGAUAAACCAUUUUCUCAAGUCCUCUAGGUACGGGAGUCUACUACUGGAGAAAUAUUUUUGCAAGAUCACCAUUUAUUGAUUCUACACUAUAUCAACGCCUUCAGGAGAAUGACUACACAACCAUUUUUGGCACAAUGAAGAUGAUUUUUUGAUGUGCUUUGAGGUCCAUAUAACUACAAGGGCUUUUUUAAAAUCACCAUAAGUGCCACCCCGACCCCAAAUCACUUAGAGCUCAAAAAUCUAGGCAAAAUGGAUGCCACAGCUAUAGAUGAGUUCCAACAAAUUCUGCCUAUUGAACAGCUGCGCUCUACUCAUGCUAGCAAUGAUUAUGUGGAACGGCCUCCAGCACCCUGUAUACAGGCUCUUUCCAGCCCUUCCCUUAUUGUGCAAACCCACAAGUCUGAUUGGUCCCUGGCUACCAUGCCUACUGCUCUCCCACGCAGUAUCAGCCAGUGCCAUCAGCUGCAGCCCCUGCCUCAGCAUCUGAGCCAAUCUAGCAUUGCCAGCUCAGUGUCCCAAAGCACCACUGCCUCUGAUCAAAGGCUCUUGGCCAGCGUUACACCCUCUCCUUCAGGCCAGUCCAUCAUCAGAAUCCAGCCUGGAGCAAGGGCCCACCCAAAGGUCGAUGGUGCUCUGAAGGGAGAAGCUGAGCUAUCUGUGGGGCAUCCCAGUGAUCACCUCUUUAUCUGCGAGGAGUGCGGGCGCUGCAAGUGUGUCCCAUGCACAGCGGUUCGCCCUCUUCCCUCCUGCUGGAUGUGCAACCAGCGUUGCCUUUGCUCUGCUGAGAGCCUCCUUGAUUAUGGCACUUGCCUAUGCUGUGUCAAGGGCCUCUUCUACCACUGCUCCACUGAUGAUGAAGACAACUGCGCUGAUGAGCCCUGCUCCUGUGGGCCUAGCUCUUGCUUCAUUCGCUGGGCAGCCAUGAGUCUAAUCUCCCUCUUCUUACCCUGCCUGUGCUGCUACCUGCCUACGCGUGGAUGCCUCCAUCUGUGCCAGCAGGGCUAUGAUAGCCUCCGGCGACCCGGCUGCCGCUGUAAGAGGCACACCAACACUGUGUGCAGAAAAAUCUCUUCUGGUAGUGCACCUUUCCCUAAGGCCCAGGAAAAGUCUGUAUGACCUUCCUACAAGAUGGAUCCAGAGUGUUCUCCUUCUGGCCCUCUUCAUUAAAGCAAAAGCCUCAUGUUUUGGGGAAGGUGUAAGAUAAUAAACUAGCCAAAGUUAG